CACAAGUUAACAUAGGAAUACAAGCAGAUUAUUCAUGGCUGCAUUGUUGAUCCCUUUUUAGAAACUGUUUCAGUGACGUUUUAUGUGCCACAUGCUGAUUGCCCAACAUGCACUGGCAGACAGGUAGAUCAAUGCAGUCUAUCUAGUUUGUGCGUUUGCUUUUACAAGCUUAGUCAUCAUUUUAACAUGAUUUCCAAGUAUACAUUGAGAACUUUACCUGUGUACAGAUUUAAAAUCAUGCUCCUUGUGCAUGGCACUAGAGAGAUAGGUUUGCUACUAAUUAUCACUUUAACUAAGCCCCAUUCUCUGUAAUAAACAGUCAUUUGCAGCGUGCUCUUUCUGCAGGCUCAUCAGAAUCUCAGCUGCCAGGCAGGAGUGAUGCAGAUCAAGUUGGGCAGUCACCAGGUGGCAAGAUCUACAUCCCCUAUGAGUCUGCUGAACUCUGCAUUGCUCAGAUAGCCAAGGACAUGGAAAGCAUGAGUAAAAGGCAUCUGGAAAUGGUCCAGGAGCUGGAAGAGAACUUCCAGAUGACAAUGCAGGAGAACCAGGAUUGUACCGUGCAGAAGAUCAGAUCUCACUAUCAGAACAAGUUAAACACUCUGCGAAAAAUCCUGGACAUCUACCAGGAGAAGGUGGAGAAGAAGAAAGCCAACUGGGAGGCUAAAGUUGAGACCCUGAAAGCUCAAAACGAGCUGUUGCUGAAGGAGCAGAGAGCUGAGAGGAAGAGGAGCGUGGAAGAGGCCCUGCAGUGGCACAGAGAAAAGAGCAAAAUGCUGGAACUGUUCUCCAACAGGCUGGAUGCCCUGCACAGUCAGCAGGCCUCCACAUUGCAGGAGCUACAGAUGGCCCGACAAGAAAUAGGAAAAGUCCAAGAAAUGUUGGUGGUCUCCACACAGGAGCAGCAGGAAACCACAGGGGAAGGUGAAAACCUGGAGAUUGAAGGACUGUCAGCACAGCAACAAACAAGGGACUGCAGUGAUUCUGAUCAACCACUGGAGGGCGCUAAAGCUCGUCUAGAGGAACUAAAGGAGAGCCUGUACCAGAGGGAGAGGGAGAUCACCGAACUGCUGGAGGCAGAGAGAAGCCCCAUUCCUCCGGUGCCUCAGCCACCCUGCGGCGUUCUGCUUUCCCUCGUCAUACACAAGGCUCAUGAAAUCUGCAGUGCAGUGCCUGAAACCAGAGCCCUGUUAGACCAGAUGAUUGAGGACAAUCGGGUUGCUCUGGCCUCAGCCAGAAACAAACUGGACCGACUCAAGAAUGUUCAAGAAGAAAGCAAUGACAGAGAGGAUGCCACUGACCAAGAGGGGUUAGAAAUUGAAACAAACAAACAAACAAACAAAAACAAAAGAAAGAAAAGGGAAAAAUGAUUUCUUAAUGGUUGUAAUAACUGCUUAAUUUCAAAAUAUCAGGUUAACCUCCUGACUACCAGGAAAAAAAAAGUGUUGUCCAAUCAACUUUUUUUAAACCCCCCAAUGUUUGUAAGGUAAUUAGAAGACUGAAAUAAUUUUUUGGGAAAAAAAAGUUUAAAUAUUUUUAGAUAUCACAUGUCCACUGCAGAGGACAUUGGAAGGCCAAACAUGUAAAAAUGAACUUUGAUGGCAAAUAUUUGCUUCAACUCUUCACCAAGGAGAAGUUUGAACUCAAGGAACUGUAGUGGUUUCUUCCCCCAAAACUGCAAGUCAUUGCUAUACUGAAGCCACGAGUUGGUGAUUGCCAGAUCAAAAAGUAGAGAACUGCACAUACUGUCAAUUUCUGAGUGCGAGAGACCAUCCUGUAGAAACUCAACAUUCUGCAACAAGGUCCACGUCACCUAUAUUGGUAGUGUAGCCUACUCAGCAAUUGCCAGUGGCCUUGGCACAUGGACAAAACUUUUGCUUUUCUUAGACCAUCUGGUGUGUCUGUCCUGAGGUUGAUUGCCAUAGGCAGAGGAUGCCAUGACAACUGUCUUGUUGUCCAACCACUUAAUGACAGCAAGUUCAGGUCUGAGUACCAUCUCUGAUGCUCCUCCAUCUUUCUUCUUCAAGGGCUUAUUCCCUAUGAUCUUCUUCACCAGACAACUCAAGAUCUGGGUUUCCCUCAUCAAACUGCAAUAAAUUUCUUUCUGCUUCUAAAAAGGACUCCUUUUCUGGUCAUUUAAAAAAACAGAACAAAAUGGAGGAAAUGACUACAAAUGUCCACUACAGAGGACAUUUGUUAAACACUUCAAUACUAUACUAAAAUGAAGUUAGAAUUAAGCAUACUAUGUUUUAAUGUGUUAUUAAGAGACUUAUUUAAAAUAUGUUAACAACAUUUAUAGCUAAAAAUUGCUCAAUAAGAAGUUUUAUGCACUUACUUUUCUUCUUCCCAUAAAAUGUGCUUGCAGCGAUGGCCGCCAUGUUCCUUAAUCAAAAAACUAAAGUUCCCAAAUGCUCCACCCCUUCACAUUUGGUAUCAUUGGAAAACCCUAAAUGUCCUCUGUAGAUACCAAAAGGAGGCAAUUCUUUAGUAUGCAGUGC